CGACAUACAGCAAGCCACCAAUCAGAGAGCAGCUAUGUGGGACCCGGAAGACAUGGAGGAAUAACAUUUAAAUUGAAUGACAAGAAUGAGGGAGUUGCUCAUCCUAUAAGAUCCUUUCUGGAGUGCGUGUGAAGGUCAUCAUGGCGACAUAUGCAAGAGGAGGAGCUCAGACUGAAUUUGUGUACUGCUGUGGGGCUCUCACGGAGAUUCUCAAGUGUGGCCCCUCACGCUUGGUCCCUCAACACAAGAUUCUUUUCCUGGUCAUUCCUGGUAAUCCAGGUGUGGUGGGUUUUUACAAAACCUUCAUGGAGAGACUCUACGGUCUGUUCGAGUGCCGCCACCCGGUCUGGGCAAUAAGUCAUGCCGGUCACUGUGUACCCCCUGACUCUAUGGAUAUGGUUCAAGAUGCCCAGCAGGCUGCUGCUAGUGAUGUGUUCGGUAUAAGUGGACAGAUAGACCACAAGCUGGCCUUCCUGAAGAAGCAGGUUCCGACAGAAACUCAGCUUAUUAUGGUGGGACACUCCAUCGGCUGCUAUAUCAUCCUGGAGAUGAUGAAGAGGAAUCCUCAGCUUAAGGUUUUGAAGGCCAUCAUGCUGUUUCCAACCAUCGAACGCAUGGCUGUGACGCCCCAGGGGAAAGUGAUGACCCCUGUACUGUGUCAGAUGCGCUACUUGGCCUACCUUCCUCUCUUCCUGCUGUCACUACUGCCAGAGACUCUCAAGAGCAGCCUGAUAAAGCUGGUGUUCGCUGGUAUUCCCUCUUUGGAUCAGAAUGUGAUCAAACCUACAGUGGGAUUACUCAGCGGCGACUGUGCAGCUAAUGCCAUGUACAUGGGGGGGCAGGAAAUGAAGAGAGUUCUUGAAAGAGACAACGUGACCAUCAGAAAAAACCUGGAUAAGCUGAUAUUCUAUUACGGAGCCACUGAUCACUGGUGUCCUGUCCAGUUCUACCAUGACAUCAAGCACGACUUUCCUGCAGGAGACUUCAAACUCUGUACGGAGCAUUUACGCCAUGCCUUUGUUCUGGAUUCAGGCAGCAAAGUAGCUGAGAUGAUUGCAGAGUGGUUAAUCGAGCUCAGGGCAUGAAACUUCUCCUCUGACUCUUGUUUACACAUAUCACAUGCAUUGCGUGAGAACUUGACCUCAUAGAAAGAGUCGAGCAGAGAAGACCUAGUAAAGCGCUACCAAUGACUAAAUCGGAAGAAGAAAGGUCUUCAUUUCAACAUGCAUUGCUGAAUUUAUCAACAUAGUGCCACACUGCUGUUGCGUAAACCUUCCAGCUUUUAGAUUUAACCAAAAUAUGUCUCAUCACAUUUUAAGGACCGAGGACUCUGUCUCUGAUCAUCUUCAGGAAUAAUUUUGCCUUGAGAGUCACAGAGAAAAGAGUCUGGUGGAUCAGCUGUAUCACUGGUGUGAUCCGAUAUUGUGAUUGGAGUGUAAUGGUGUUACUAGGACUUUAGUUUUAGAAAUAUAUGUGCCAUUAAAGAGAUACUUAUUGGGUAUUAUGUCUGAACUCCACAACACCUUAUUGGGAUAAUGAAAGAUGCCACCAUUUAAUGACAUUUUCCCAUGGAAACCCAGAUAACGGCUGUUUCUUGCUUUGAGCAAAGCUCCCACAGACACAGGAAAACAAGGCUGUGUUUGUUAAACAGAUGGUCUCAGGGUAAUAAAGAUGAGACAUUUCUUUGUUCAUCAAAAUAAGAUGCGAAUAAUUCAGAAACAAAACAAUUCAUUGUGUUGGAGGGAUGAUUUCAAUUUAAGAAAUAGCUUUCUCUCUCAAUUGACUUCAACAGCUGGGAUCAUAUUGUGACAUGUUUUUCAUCUAACCGCAACAUUCCACUUUGUCUAUUUCUAUUAUUCACCAAAGGGACAGCUCAAAUGUUUGUUGGCCGUUGGUCAAACAUGUUUCUUGAAAGAACUGUGGAGAAAAAAAGGAAAUCAGAACAUGUUAUAUUAUACUGUUUGUUCAACAAAAUACCUCAAUUUCAAAGGACAAAAGCAGUCUUGUGAUGUUGAUCUGUCUCUGCUUCGUAAAUAAAUUAUUGGUCCCUGUAGUUGUCACUGCACGGCUUUCAUGAAGGUGAGAUUAUUGUUUUGAAAUGUAUUUGUCAAGCGUACAGUAUGCCGCUGGGAUAAUUGCAAUAUAUGCAAUGU